AUGGAUCAAAUUCAUCUUGUGGUCAAAUUCGGACCUUUGCGUGUCUUUAUUUACGCUUUGCAUUUCUCCAAGUGUAGAGACGCAGUAAACCAAGAAAGGUUCCAGGAUCAGAGUGUGGCUUUCAAGUUUAUUUUUGAUAGUUUGAUCAUAAAACUGACUCAAGCUUUAAUACAAUCAACCCUUUAUGCUGUUGCCAACAAGGUAGAAACAUUUGUAGACAAGGAAGAUGAAGAUGACCUUUUAAUUAAUGGGCGGGGAAUAUGCGUUUCUGUCCUGUACCCUAACCACAUGAGAGUUGCCAAUAGAAUCAUUAGAAUUUUCGAUGUGUCCACAAUAAAAUAA